GGGCUUUUGGCCUUUCCACCGUCUACGCCAUGGGCAACAGCGCGUCCUCCUCUGGGCGCGGUCACCACGACGAAACCGUAGAUUACGGUCAUUUAUCUCCUCAGGGCGUUUACACCGGUUCCAAAGACUGGAAUCAUGCUAUCGUCACCCAACUCAUCGCAGAUCGCAAAUUAGCCCCUUUCUAUCGUCCUUUGGAGGACUACGACGACGCUUGGGACGAUGACCGGAUUCUUGCUGCCAGGAGAGACCCUCCAGAGUCCGAGCCGACCCAUCCAGAUGCACAACCGCCUCCUCGGCCUGGCGCUGACUCACGCGACACCACAAAGUCCAGUCAUAAUCCCAGCAAACGUCCCUCAAACCUUAAGGAACCAAGUCGAUGUCCAGAGGCUGCUGUUUAUAGAGGUGCUGUAGAAUGUCCAAUAUGUUUCUUGAUUAAGAGAAACGAACCAACUGCGACACACCUCGUAUCAGAUCCUGCCGCUUGUCCUUACUGCGUCCAAGAUAAUUUCGGCGUCACAUAUACGCCCCCUCCAUGGCGAGCUGGGAUUGGAAGCGAGGGAACGACGCAGCCGUUCAUAGAAUCUAGCACGGUAUCUACUCAGAAGCGUCGUCGUAAGAGUUUCGGUCAUGACAGCCCCGAGGUUGUUACAACUGAUCAAAUACGACCCGACUGGGAAGCUAAAUUAGCUGCCGUACGUUCCACCGUUGCGCGCCGCGCCAACAGACGGAUUAUAAUGCGCCAAGUUGGGGAUCGUCUUAUCCCAGUAGGAGUGACAAGCGGUCGGGUUCAUGCUCUACCUUCAUCCGAGGAUGGUCAUGAACCUACUGAUAACGGGGGAAGUCGUAGAUCGCGCCGUCAGCGCCAUCAAAACCCUGACAUUAAUCAGCUGCUAGGCUCCAUGGGUCUCGGAGGUCAAGAUUUGGAAGAGUUGAUGGUGAUGGAGGCUAUGAGACUUUCGCUUUUGGAGCAUGAAGAGCAGCAAAGGAGAGAAGCUGAUAAACGGAAGAAUGAAGGAGAGGAAGUAACCGAAGGAGUACAGUCUCGGAACGAGUCAACAUCGGCUGCGCAGCCUUCCAGUCAGUCGUCGACGCCCACCAAUGUAUCAAGUAUCAGCUCUCAUCCCACGUCUAACCCUGCAUCCGAGUUGUCCUCUACCAGUGAAAAUAACGCCUCUGGCUCUUCUAAUAUCGCGGAUGGGAGUACAGGUAGCCAGAAUGCUGCGCAGCGGAGUCGAUCAGCGACGCCUUCAUCAGAGCAUGUCUCUACUCCAUCAAACCAUGUCGCUGUAGAUACGCCACCCAGCGUCUCCAUGCCCAGCACUACAGCCGGUGAUGAACAAGUUCAUCUGUCUAGGCCACCGAUAUCUGGCAGUGGCAACGGAAGGGUUGAAUCGUCAAUGUCGACAGAUUCGGCUACUUUGUUUUCGGCGGAACCUGGAGGUAAAUUCUCGUAUAAUGCUUUACCUUCCUCCCCGGACUCUUCAGCGGAUGAUCAGCCGCUGCUAGAUAAGUCUGAACCACACGCCACGGGUAAAGAACCAUCCGCGAGCAGUUCGAUUUAAUGCGAGUUGGCCGUCACGUAUUUUAACGAAAUGGACAUCCAGACCAGUAAUGUCGGGAUUAUAGACUGAGAACAAGUAGCUGAGGAAUUGCGUUUGUGACAUCACAAACCUACAUUCCCCUUUCACGAAUUACAUCGAGUCAUUGUAGCACUGUCGUUUUAUAUUCCAACUGUGUUAUCUAUUCUAUUCAUCGCCCCUACAAUUCUCUUCCCGUGUCUUUUCUCCCAUUUCUUUACCCAAAUUUUUGUCAUGUGAUAUCUAGUUUUUCCUAUGUCUAUGCUUUAGACCGAAACGAGUCUUAAUAUGGCCUACUCAUGAGUACUGAGUAUCA